CGGCGGGCGGACGUCGACGCCGGGAGGCUAGGGCUAGGAGGCAGGCCUGGGACGUGGGGGUGGCCGCGGAACCCGAGGGGGCGCCAACGCGCAGCCCCCUCCCCAGGGGUACGGGGCGGAAGGACCCGGGCGGUGGGCGGUGUGAGCGCGCGCCGAGGGCAGCACCAUCUGGAGGGGUGGGACCGCGCGGCCUCUUGGGGGCAGGCGAGUGCGCUGGGCAGUGCGGGCGGGGGGCGUCGGGCGGGGAGCGCAGGAAGAGCACGGUGGGCUCAGCCCGGCGCUGCCGGAGCAGCAGCCACAACGGGUCGGGGUUCUCAGCUGGGGCCCGCAGCUGCUCCGCGGGCUGAAGCUCGGCGUGGAGGAGCAGGGGGGCGUGGGUCCGGCCGUGCAGGAGGAGGGCGGGGUGGGCCUGGGGGUGCAGGAACGGGGCGGCCGUGGCAGGGAGCCCAGCCUGGGGGUGGUGUGGGGUCUGUCGGACGGCGCGGACUGGAGGCGCCCGCCGCGGUGGACGGGCUCGGCGGGCUGGCCUGUGGUGCAGGAGGAGGGGCUGGGGCCCCGCAAGCAGCACCAGGAAAAGGGGGGAGGCAGCCCCGCAGUGCAGGAGCGUGGGGAGGCCCGCGCCGGGGUGCAGGAGCAGGGGGAGGGGAGCCCACGCAGGUUGCUGCAGCAGCCGGAGCCGCUCUCCGAGUUCGGGGACCGCUCCUGGGAGCGCGGGGAGGGGCUCGAAAGUUCUGGGGAGCAGGGGGGGCGGUACUGGGAGAGCUGCGGGCACCUCAGGCGGGAGGCGGUGGUCUUGGGAGCGGCCCCAGCACGCCGGGAGAGACUCGAGCUAGUGGGGAGGGCCCGGCCUGUGGGGCCCCAGGGGCCUGAGGGGGAGGGGCGCCUGGGGGUGCAGGAAGCAAAUUGGCUUCCUGGGGUGCAGGAAGGACAGGUGGUGCGGGCUGUCCAGGAGACAUACCUGGACGAAAAGGGGUCGAGGGAGGGAGAGGGGCCCCCUGAGGGGCCCAGGAUCCGGAGGCGCCGGCGGAGGAGGAGGUGGUAACCUGCAGGCCGGCUGCCCCGCACCGGGAUCGCUCCGGGGUCGAGGGGAGCGCAAGAUGUAGGGGUUUGGGGAUCGGAGCGUCGGAGCGUUGGAACCCACUGCGCGAGAGCAGGCAGUGUGUCCUACUGGAUCUUCUGCCACCUCAGCCUGGACCUGAUCGAAACUGUGUCGGCGGGGAGGCAGCAGAAGGCAGCAGGCCAGCGGCGGCUGUGGGAGGCUGUGAAGAGAAGAAAGGCCAUGUGCAAACGCAAGUCUUGGAUGAGCAAGGUGUUCAGUGGAAAGCGACUGGAGGCUGAGUUCCCUCCUCACCACUCUCAGAGCACCUUCCGGAAGACCUCACCCACACCAGGGGGCCCAGCAGGGGAGGGGCCCCUGCAGAGCCUCACCUGCCUCAUUGGGGAGAAGGACCUGCAUCUCUUCGAGAAGCUGGGAGAUGGCUCCUUUGGCGUGGUGCGCAGGGGCGAGUGGGAUGCCCCCUCGGGGAAGACGGUGAGUGUGGCUGUGAAGUGCCUGAAGCCUGACGUGCUGAGCCAGCCCGAAGCCAUGGACGACUUCAUCCGGGAGGUUAACGCCAUGCACUCGCUGGACCAUCGCAACCUCAUUCGCCUCUAUGGCGUGGUGCUCACGCCACCCAUGAAGAUGGUGACAGAGCUGGCGCCGCUCGGAUCGCUGUUGGACCGGCUACGCAAGCACCAGGGCCACUUCCUCCUGGGCACUCUGAGCCGCUAUGCUGUGCAAGUGGCCGAGGGCAUGGGCUACUUGGAGUCCAAGCGCUUCAUUCACCGAGACCUGGCUGCCCGGAACCUGCUGUUGGCUGCCCGUGACCUGGUCAAGAUUGGGGACUUUGGGCUGAUGCGUGCACUGCCCCAGAAUGACGAUCACUAUGUCAUGCAGGAGCAUCGCAAGGUGCCCUUUGCCUGGUGUGCUCCUGAGAGCCUGAAGACACGCACCUUCUCCCAUGCCAGUGAUACCUGGAUGUUUGGGGUCACACUGUGGGAGAUGUUCACCUAUGGCCAGGAGCCCUGGAUUGGUCUCAACGGCAGUCAGAUUCUGCAUAAGAUUGACAAAGAGGGGGAGCGUCUGCCACGGCCCGAGGACUGCCCCCAGGAUAUCUACAAUGUCAUGGUUCAGUGCUGGGCCCACAAGCCAGAAGACAGACCCACCUUUGUGGCCCUGCGGGACUUCCUGCUGGAGGCCCAGCCCACAGACAUGCGGGCCCUCCAGGACUUUGAGGAACCAGACAAGCUACACAUCCAGAUGAACGAUGUCAUCACCGUCAUCGAGGGAAGGGCUGAGAAUUACUGGUGGCGUGGGCAGAACACACGGACGCUGUGUGUAGGCCCCUUCCCGCGCAAUGUGGUGACCUCCGUGGCUGGCCUGUCGGCCCAGGACAUCAGUCAACCCCUGCAGAAUAGCUUCAUCCACACGGGACAUGGCGACAGCGACCCCCGCCACUGCUGGGGCUUCCCUGACAAGAUCGACGAACUAUACCUGGGAAACCCCAUGGACCCUCCUGACCUGCUGAGUGUGGAACUGAGCACCUCCCGACCCACCCAACAUCUAGGAAGGGUGAAAAAGCCAACCUAUGACCCUGUGAGUGAGGACCAGGACCCCCUGUCCAGCGACUUCAAGAGGCUGGGCCUUCGGAAACCAGCACUGACCCGUGGGCUGUGGCUCGCAAAGCCCUCGGCUCGGGUACCGGGCACCAAGGCGGCUCGAGGCAGCGGGGGUGAGGUCACGCUCAUUGACUUUGGCGAGGAGCCUGUCGUGCCUGCCCCGCGGCCCUGCGCACCCUCGCUGGCGCAGCUGGCCAUGGACGCCUGCUCCUUGCUGGACAAGACCCCGCCACAGAGCCCCACACGGGCCCUGCCCCGGCCGCUGCACCCCACGCCCGUGGUGGACUGGGAUGCGCGCCCGCUGCCCCCACCUCCCGCCUACGACGAUGUGGCCCAGGAUGAGGAUGACUUUGAGGUCUGCUCCAUCAACAGCACCCUUGUGGGUGCAGGGGUCUGUGCGGGGCCCAGCCAGGGGGAGACCAACUACGCCUUUGUGCCUGAGCAGGCACCUCUGCUCCCUCCCCUGGAGGACAAUCUGUUUCUCCUGCCCCAGGCGGGGGUCAAGCUGCCCAGCUCGGCCCAGACUGCACAGAUCUUCCAGGCGCUGCAGCAGGAGUGCAUGCGGCAGCUGCAGGUCCCGGUGGCCUCCCUGGGCCCUUCUCCUGGCCUGGCGCCAGUGGGUGAGGACAAGCCCCAGGUGCCCCCCCGCGUGCCCAUACCCCCGAGGCCCACUCGCCCACGGGGCGAGCUGUCUCCGGCCCCCUCGGGUGAGGAGGAGCUAGGGCGGUGGCCCGGACCUGCCUCCCCUCCCCGGGUGCCUCCCCGGGAACCCCUGUCCCCUCAAGGCUCGAGAACCCCUAGCCCCCUGGUACCACCUGGAAGCUCCCCGCUGCCAGCCCGGCUCUCCAGCUCACCGGGGAAGACCAUGCCCACCACCCAGAGCUUCGCCUCCGACCCCAAGUAUGCCACGCCCCAAGUGAUCCAGGCGCCUGGCCCACGUGCAGGCCCCUGCAUUCUCCCCAUUGUCCGCGACGGCAAGAAGGUCAGCAGCACCCACUACUACCUGCUGCCGGAGCGCCCACCCUACCUCGAACGCUAUCAGCGCUUCCUGCGGGAGGCCCAGAGCCCUGAAGAGCCCGCCCCUCUGCCCGUGCCCCUGCUGCUGCCCCCGCCCAGCACCCCAGCCCCUGCCGCCCCCACGGCCACUGUUCGACCAAUGCCCCAGGCCGCCCCAGACCCCAAGGCCAACUUCUCCACCAACAACAGUAACCCAGGGGCCCGGCCACCAGCCAUGAGGGCCACGGCUCGGCUGCCACAGAGGGGCUGCCCUGGGGACGGGCCAGAGGCUGGACGGCCGGCAGACAAGAUCCAGAUGCUGCAGGCCAUGGUGCAUGGGGUGACCACAGAGGAGUGCCAGGUGGCCCUGCAGAGCCACAGCUGGAGCGUGCAGCGGGCUGCCCAGUAUCUGAAGGUGGAGCAGCUCUUUGGGUUGGGUCUGCGGCCGAGGAGCGAGUGCCACAAAGUGCUGGAGAUGUGUGACUGGAGCCUGGAGCAGGCCGGCUGCCGCCUUCUGGGCUCCUGCGGCCCUGCCCACCACAAGCGCUGAGAUGUCGGGAGAGCCAGAGGGUCUGCCCUGAAGGAAUCACUUGAGCCUGUCCAUCUGACAAGGGUGGGGAGAGACCCUGCCCCGGGCCUGGAGGACCUGCUGCCACUCGCUGCUCCUAGCGGCAGGGCAAGGCCAAGUCUGCGGGAGACUGGGAGCCCCGCCUUGCCAUCCCUCCCUCACCCAGUGCUGUCCCUGCAACUUUGGAUCAGCCCUCGGUGCCCUCAGCCAAGGGGCGGGAAGAAGCCCUGUGAAGGCAGGCCUGGUGGUGGCCUCAGCAUGCCCUGCAGCCAGCCUGCCUCUGGCUCCAGCCCUGGGUGUGGGGCCUGUGGCCAGAGCGUGUCCCCAGGCUCUGCUGGCCGGGAAGCCAGGCUGCACCCGUGCAAGGAGGAUGUGUUGGCCACACAGAAAGGGGGACCAGCACCCACAGGCCCUCCUCAGGGCAGGGCCCUUCUCCAGGGAUCCCCUGGUGGGCUGUUGGGGUGUCGGAGAGAAUGUGACUUGUGGCCUCGCCAUGGAUACGUUAUGGGACUUGGCUGGUCUUAGGAUCUUAUGCCUGGAGAUAGCCCUGAGUGGCUCAGGAAGCAGAGCAGGGGUGCCAGAUUGUUCUCUGGCAGGGACCAGGGCCCAAGGCCCCAGGGUUGGAAGGAGACCAAAGGGGCAGCUGCCCUGGAGGGACACCAGAGCUUCCUCUCUGACCCAGCUCCUCCCCUAUGCUGUUCCCUGUUUUCCUGCCAGCCUCUGCCGCCAGAGUUGCUGCCCCAGCUAUGGAUCCCUGCUUCUUCCAGAUAAAUAAAGCUAGUUUCUAUUUUAUGUUAA